UGUGAAUUGUGGUUUAUUCAUCGUUAAUCUAUGGAUUUAUUCAUCAUUCGUUUUUUACAACUUUUAUGAUAUUUUAAAAACACAAGUCUUUUGAAAAUUUUUAGGAAUACCUUGGCGUUAUUUGGCAUAAAAGAUAAACGAAAAUUAUUGAAACAAUGGCUUAUGACUAAUUAUGGUUGGUAACUACCUAUAGAUUAAUACAUACUGAUGAAGACUGUGGUUGAGGCAACCAUGGGGGAAAAACUUCCCCCUGGCUUUAUUAUAAGGUCUAUAGAAUGGGAUAUGAUGGAUAAAGUAAAGUUCUUACCCUUAUCGAUGUUGAGUUCAUUUUCUGUCCGUUGUGCAUUAUAUCCUUUAACAUUAAUUAAAACAAGGCUACAAGUACAAAAACAUAAUGCUUUAUAUAAUGGUAUGAUCGAUGCAUAUAUUAAAAUUUACAAAGGCGAAGGCUUCUCUGGGUUAUAUAGAGGUUUUUGGCUUUCUUCACUCCAAAUUUUUAGUGGAGGAUUGUAUUUAACAAUAUAUGAAGAUAUGAGACAAAUUCUUGCUAAGCAAGAUAUUUUGAAUUCUAAGAUGAGAUCAUUUGUUGCUGGUGCAGCAGCAAGUGUUGUAGGUCAAUCAAUUGUUGUACCAUUUGAUGUUUUGAGCCAGCACUUGAUGAUGCUGGGUGUACAAAAUAAUGUGAAGAAUAAGGGUUUAAAAGAUAAGUUCAAUCCAUUGAAUAUUGAUGCAUCACCAGGUAGAAGCAAAUUUGUGAUAACUAUGGAUGUUGUUAGACAGAUAUUGAAAGUAGAUGGAAUUCCUGGGUUUUAUAGAGGUUAUUUUGCUAGUUUAUCUGUUUAUGUUCCUAAUUCCUCAUUAUGGUGGGGAUUUUAUCAACUUUAUCAAGAUCAACUUUUUGCCAUAGCACCAGUAUGGGUAUCUCAACUGUUUAUUCAAACGACAUCAGGUAUGUUAGGAGGUUUCACCACAGUUAUUAUCACCAAUCCAUUGGAUAUUGUGAGGACAAGAAUGCAAGUUACAAGGUUAGACUCAUGGUCACUAGCGUUUAGAGGCUUAUGGAAAGAAGAAGGCUUGAGAAUGUUCGCAAAAGGUUUGAGUGCUAGGCUGUUGCAAUCUGCAUCAUACAGUUUUGGUAUAAUUUUGGGAUAUGAAACAAUAAAACGUAUAUCAGUUAAGGAAGAAUAUAAAGAAUAUGUAAGGUGGUAGUGGAUUAAAAAGAAAAUUUGAGAAGCUGAUAAAUUAGAGUUGUUAUGGUUGAUGACUGUUAUCUACUUGUUUAUUGACCACUUUUAGAAAAUUAUUAAAAAGUAGUCAAGUACCUCAAACAUGAAAAUUGAAAAUUUUCAAUACUAGUUGUACUAUUAUAUCUAAUUUUGGCAGCAAGUUUAAAAGUUGAAUUUCGCCAAUUUCAUUAUUUUUUAGUUUUAUAUCCAAAGCAGUACAAAGUGUCACUAUUUAUAUAUAAUUUUCUGGUACAUUCUGUAAAGUGUUUAUUUAAAGACUAAGAUUCUUACAAUUUUGUAGAACUAAACAUUUAAUUUGUUCGUACCAGAACCUUCUUCAUUUUGUCAGUUUUGAGUGGAGUUGAAUAUUGAGGACCUACAGAAUUAGAUUUAUGAUUAUUAUAUUGAUGAGAUUUUUUUCCAUAUAUAAAAAAUAGCAAUAAAUUUUAGUAAUUUUCUCUUUUGAUCAGGUCCAAGAGCUUUUAUUUUAGAACACAAAUAGUGACUAGAAAGAGAAUAAAUAAUAUCAAACAUU